UUGUGCAUGCAUUUCACCUCCUGAAGAGGAGACUGAAGGGAGAAACCCGACCAAACAAACAACGUAAAGAAGCUGUGGUACAAGCCUGGAAAAGCAUCACAAAAGAAGAAUGUAACAAUUUGAUGAUGUCAGUGGUUCACCGGCUUGUUGCAGUUAUUGCAAACAAAAAUAUGCAACCAAAUAUUAAGUGUUGUUUACUUUGAUUUACUUUAAGACUAUCUGUUCCUAUACUUCUGCUCACCAAAAAAUUGGGUGUUUUGCCACCAAAGGUGCCAUGUUCUAAGUUGUUUAACACGUGUAGAUGUAAAUUGUCUCAUAUACAUCUUUUGAUCUGAAACCCAAAUGUGUUCAGUGUAUAGCAAAAUCAACAGAACUGGCUUGCUGUUCCUACACGUUCAGAGGUGACUGUACACAUAGUUUUGACAGAAAGGGUGUUGUCAGUUGUUGUCGGUUGGGCUGAAGGGGAAAUGUCAUUGCAAUUGUGAUUGAUCUCACUGGUGGCAGUUGGCUGAAAAAUUACAUACUGCUCCUUUAAUUUCCGUAAUUAUACAGACCAUAUCUAAGGCCAUAUCUAGGUAUGUAUCAUAGCUUACAUGACCCUGUCUGAUUGAGGAUCAAAACUCCUAGGAAUUCAUUAUAAUAAUAUAAAUGAAAUUAUAUAAAAUAAUGUAAAAAAAAAAAUCCUGGACUUCUUCCAUAGACUAUUUCACAGUCCCUGGGGUCCCUGAACCUGAAUUUGAGAAACACUGAUGUAAACAAGCCAAUAAUAUGUUUCUAUAGAUUAUUACAAAGCUUCAUUUUGUGUAAUAUUGACUCUGGAACAGGAAAGCCUGUCCAGUCUGAGCCAACAUAGCUCAGUUCCCAUUUUACUGCUGACUUAACAGUACAGUCCCAAGAGCUUUUGUGCUGUUAGCUGACCAGUUCUCACCCUUCAGUUCAGCUAGUCACGAAAACAAGCACAGAUAGUGGCAGUAUUGUGUGAGAGACACCGUACUCCCUCAGGGAGGCUCUGAGAGAAGGGAACAGCAGGGGGGGGAAGCAGUAGGAGAAGCUGGAGUACGUCUGUGUUUGUGUGUGUGCCAAAGAGCUGGGUAAUUGACUUGCAGUGUGUCUGUUUAUGCGUAUGCCCUAAGCACACUUUGCUCAUUGUUAUCACUGCUCUGAGUGUGGAGUGUGAGCACAGUGCCCUCUAAGUGAGAGUGUGUUCUUAGCUGUAGCUGUAUCGGAAAUGGCUGGGCAAACACCAGCGAAGCCACUGCAAAGAUAUUCCAUGACUCAUUGUUUUUAAAGUCCUUUCCCACUAGUGCAGCAGAUCUCUACAGAAUCAGAAGGGCUGUCUACAUUUAUUCACAGCCUUGGUAAAUAACUUAUUGUACUUAUGUAACGAUAAGUAACUUAUUGUGCUUAUGUAAUGUGGAGGGAAGAUAGCAAGAUAACGCCAGUAUAGCCCAGGUUUUGUGUUUCAUUUAUCUGUAUCCAUGAAGUAUAACAGCAGAAUGAAAUGUGUACAGAACGCGUUAACUAUGUUGACGAGUUUUCCUUAAAUCAGUCAGAAUAUUACAGUAAUUUCAUUUUGGAGAAAUGAUUUAUGCUGUAUUGGCACCCUGUCCAGGGUGUACCCCGCCUUGUGCACGAUCCUCCCUGGGAUAGGCUCCAGGUUCCCCGUGACCCUGAAGGAAGGAUAAGUGGUAUAGAAGAUGGAUGGAUGGAUGGAUGGAUUUAUGCUGUGAUGUGGAAGUUGGACAGCAUGGAAAUGACAAAGUAAAUUUUAGCAGCAGUACAGUCGUGUAGUGUUCUUGGAAUUCCAAUCAGAUGUGACCACGGCUGAAUUCUGGCCAAGAGACAAGAAAUAAAAUGAUGAUAAAUGAUGGCCUCUCUGGUGCAGCUGUUCACAGACACGCCUCAUCUGGAAAACGUUUAGAACUCUGACGACAUCCGCACACACACUUUGGACACCACAACACACUCCGGCGUAACCAUGUACAGCGUGGAGGACCUCCUUAUCUCUCAUGGAUACAAAAUCGGCAGCAACAACAAUGUCCCUCCAUCGCACUCGUCCUCGUCCCACGAACAGCGGCCACCGACGCACAGCAACAGUCGGUGUGAAAUCACUGACAAGCGGGCGGGACAUGGUGCAGUGAAUGGCUACAAAGCGGACUGUGUUUAUGGUGGUGGUGUGAAACAGACUUCAUCUCAGGGUGGCCCCAGUGACACAGAGAUCAGGGACAAGAACCAGAGGACAGAGGAGGACAAUGCUAACCUAAUAGAUGGACACUCACCAGGAGGCACCUUGACCAGCGACAGCGGAUUCCAUGAUGCCCACAGAGAAGUGUACACUCAUCCAAGGCCAGAGCAUGAUGUGUCUUACUGGCGGAGACGGGGUCAAGACUUCAACAUGCUCCUGGACUAUGCGGACAUCAGGGAGCCACAGGGAAAACGAUUAGGUGGUCAACAUAAAGCAGAGGGUAUGCAACGAAGGCCAGAGUCAGCAUUAACCACUGAAGAGCAUCGUCGUGAGAGACAACGCAGGGCAGACAGUGCACGUGCCAAAGAGCGUGAACUGGCCCUCUACCAGUGGAAACUGGCAGCAGAGAGGAAGUACCAGAGCCUGGGAACAGAAGAGUGGCGUCCAGCUGUAGGAAUAGUUCGACAUAUGUCUGAAAGUGAAGGUGAAAGAUGGGCACAGGAGCAUCGGCGGCCUCGAACAGCAGAGGGUGCUGUUCCUCCAAGGACCAAAGCCAAAUCCCAGUCCCUUCCUAGAAUGGCCAUACCCUCAGACAGCAUGCAGUACUUAAGCAUGCCAUCCUCUGGCCAAGAUCCCUGUGGAAGCUAUCGAACAAAUGGUCACCAGUCGCGGCUACCUCAAGGUCGCAAUUUCAGUGAAGGGGAAAGUAGGGAGCGAUGGACUGACAGUAGCCGGUCAUGCGUACAAUCUGCACCCCCAUCAAAGCCCCGUUUUAGUCGACCUCUUAGACCCCCAUCAUAUGAGGUUCACCAGCAGAUGCGUGGAAGUUCAGAGAUGCUCUCUGGUGAUUUUGUGCCUCACCCCAGAGACAGAACUCCACUGCCUUUUUCCAGACAGGAUUACUUUGCACAGGAACUUGGAGGGUCUGGCAUGGAGCCCCCAGGUUACAUCCCUCCACCAUCAUACAGGAGGCAACCUGUCAUCAGGGGGGGACACAGGACUUAUGCCAAUUCCAUGGGGAACUACCAUUACCGUGGAGACCCAUACAUGCAAGGACCUGCCAUGGCCGAGGUCCAGGAAUGGUUCAUGAGACAGACAGGAAUGGCUUGGCCUGACAAUUACAGGGAUGGGAGGAGGAGUAUGCCCUGUAGGAGACAGCCAUACCCUGGUUAUGGAGAGGAGCACAUAGGGAAUGUUCAGUACAUACCCUUUGAUGACCCAAGACUCAGACAUAUGUCAGGAGGGAGAAUGGAUGGGAACUCAAUGACAGAUGCUGACAAAAUCAGGAAUAUCAGAAAAGACAUCCCCAUCAUCUCCACAUCUGAGAAAUUUCCUGAUGACAGUGCCUUUCUGCUCUCAGGAAAACCAUUCAGCAGCACAGAAGCAAGUAACAGCAAUAUCAGGGAUCGUGUCAAUGAAGCAGUCAUGCACCAGGAGUAUUCAGGAGAGGUGAUCAACUCAAAAUCAACAAAUGAUGAAAACUCCAACACGUACCCAGCCAGCCCUGACUAUCCAAAUACCUUCCAAACAACAUCGUCACAACAGAAACCUAGCAUAGACCAACGAUUCUGUGAGACAGUAACACAGGUAAAGACGUUUGAAGCGCAAACAGCAGCUGAAAAUAAGAAAAACAAGAAGAAAAUCAAAGAGACUAUGUUCUGCUUAGUGUCAGUUCCAAUAAAUGUGGUAGCCAACAAGGAAGCUACUGAUCCGAAUAACAAUGAAAAAGUAUCAAGUUUAAUAGUAGCACCUACAGAGAAUUCAGUGACCCAGCAUUGUAGCAAAGACAUGCCAAAGAUUGCAAAUAGCAAUGAGCAAUUAAUACAAUCCAGCAGCUCAUUAAACACAAAAAGGACCAAAAAAGCUCCACUUCGGAAAGAGAUCCUAGACAUUUGGUCUCUCCAAGCAAGUGCUGACAAAGAAUUGUGCUAUGCAGGGUCCUGGCCAGGAGAUCAGUAUAGAAAUCAAGAGACUCAGACAGGUUCUCUUGACGGUUCAAGAAAUACAAAUGCACAAAAUCCUCAAACCCAGGCUCCAUGUGAGCCUCCAUCAUCCACAGACAAUGGGCUGGGCACUGAAUGCAGUGUCAACUACAAGUGUCCCAUGAAAGUCCAAAAGAAUUUCAACCUUUCCAGCAACAGUGCAUUUUCCCGAACAAAAACAACUAGCGGCUCAAGUAUAAAAAGCCCAGUUCAAGUCAUAACGACUUUAUCACCACCAUCUCCUGAUCCCCAGCCCCCACUGAGGAAGAGUGCGCCCAAACCUCAAGCACUAAAUAGCCAAGAGGUCUUUGGCCAGUUCUUGUUAAAACCUGUGAACAGGCGACCAUGGGAUGCCAUUGGGGAACUUGAGUCUUUUAACAAAGAGCUGCAAGACCAAAACGCCAAACUACAAACCACUGAUCAGGCUAUAGAGGACCUGGAUGAGGCAUUGAGAAACAUUUUAGAGGUAGACAACACAAGCACAGAGUUCAUUAGACCUGAGUUGGCUAUGCAUAGGGUUAAACAGCAACAUACAGAAAGAAGUCCUGAGCAACAGCUAAAGAAUGACAGCUUAGAUUUCAGGUCAGAUUUAAAGCACAGAGGUGUGACUCAAACAGGUAACGAUUUCAGGGAAGUAGGAUGUGCCUUCUCGACACCGACAGGGAGGUUUGUAAAUCCUGACAUACCACCAAGACAAGAGAUGGACACUGGGUUUGUCAAUUACGAGGACUUGAGUAUGAUGCAGGAUGACCCGAGGUUGAACAGGUUGGAUAUUCCAGUGCCAAAGGAAUCGUUACUGAAGGACGUUGGACUUACAGUGUACACAGCAUUCCCAGACUCAGUGAAACUGGGAUCACCUGUAGGUUUAAGCCCUGAGUCUCCAAUGCUGACUAGUCCCUCUGACAACUCAGAAACAUGUGACGCUUUACAGAUCACAUCUUCAGAUAGUGGAGGAGAUCGAAAUACAAACAGUCCUGACUUUAGGGCAUAUCAUAAGCACUCAAACAGUAAUAUAAGCUUUGCUACUAAACUUGACCAUAAGAAAGUGUCAGAGAACAGCAAAGUUAUCACUGGCUCAGAAAGGUCACCUCACAUUCAUGGUGUCAGAAGUCAGCAUUUCACAUUCAUGGCAAACUAUGAUAAUGCUGAUUAUGAUGAUGAUCUAUAUCUGAGCAAUGAAAAAACGAUCGCAGAUGAACAUCUGGAGGCUCUUCUGAGUCAAGAGAAAGCCAAUAGCAUGCCAACAGAAGAUCUUAGCAACCUGUAUCAAAUUCAGUGUGCCAAAGGAAUUCCUGUGCAUGAGUCAAUUGAACAGAGGGCAGCCAGGAUCCUGGGCAUUGCUGUCCCAGCCGAAUCCUUGGUUAUCGGUCAAGAUGGUUUCAGACAGGAUCAGGAAAAUGAGCACGGUGACAAACCGAGUGAGGAAAAGGCUCAAUUUGUUAUGCAAACCUUGAAAAUAAGGCCAAAUGAAGAGACACAGCAUGUGAGUAGAGUGUAUGAGCAAGUGAUCAAGACAUCAGCCCACACCCACCAACUGAUGGAGAAGAAUGAUACUGCUAUUCAGGAAGACCAUGGCUCUACAGGAGAUAAGUCCAGUAAGGAGAGUCAUACUACUUCUUUAGUGUUAGAUUUACCCGAGUUUCCACCCAAUAACCUGCGUUUAUCACUGCCAGCGACUGAAGACGAAGACCUGACUUUAAGUGUGUGUGGAGGUGAGAAAAAGGUUAUGCCUGCUGCAGACAUGUCUGAAGGCCAACCGGCCAAGUGCAUCGUAUAUCACCCAUCUUCUGUGCGCAGAAAUGAAGAAAUGUCUGCAGAGUGCAUUAAUCCUUUCGUGGAAGAUGAGUCAAUGUCAUGCGUCAGCGGUUCCAAAAAAGAGGUCCAGAAAGGGAGGGGAGAAGAGGAAAUAGGAAAGGAAAGAACCAAAAAUAGAGUUCAAGAGGACAACGUACUAGAAGAAGAAGAGAAGCAAUUUGUGAUGAAUGAAAUGAGAUUAAAUGAGUGGCAAGCCGCUUGGGAGAAAAAGAUAGACGAGGACGUUGAUAGAAAGACGGACGAGGAGGAAGAGACAGAAGAAGAAAUCGGGGGAAGAACGAUACAGUCACCACAGUCCACGGGCUGCUCGGUCUCAGUCCCUCAGUCACGCAGUGGAACAGUGGUCAAGAGAGAAAUCACACUCCCGGACGCCUUUAUUAUGACCACUGAUUCCGAUUCACUCGAGGAUGAUGACGUUCAGUCUGUUUCAGAAAUGACAGCUGAGAUCCCUGCCCCUGGUUUAAACAACUCUUAUGAUCCUAGUCGAGUUGAGAGGGUGUAAACUUGGACAUUGGCACAGCAUCUCAGACUGCCCACACUGUCCUGUCCUGUCACUGUGACCUGGCUGGGAAAUCAGUCAAAUCUUUCACUUUUCUUUUUAACUUCAUUUUGUUGUUGUUGUUGUUGUUGUUGUUGUUCUAAACAAAAUCACACACACAAAAAAAACGCAUGAGGAAAGCCCGCUCUCCUCAUGUUAUGCAUCUUUUUUUACACCAUUUUAUUUUUAAUAAAACGAGAAUGAUUCUGUUCAUACAAAGCUGUUGAGAAGAAUAUAACCUGGAAAUGAAUAUGUAUUACAUUUAAAGGCUGUAAAUAGUUUUAUCUGCACCAGCACAUCUUGAUAGAUUGUUUGUUAGAUUUUCACCAAACACCUUUAUAGAGCAACUAAAAUAAAAUAUACAACAUGCCAGCUUGGACUUUUCAUCUCUUGUAAUAUAAGCAGUGACAAGUCACAAAUUUAUCAACUGAAACAAAGUUUGAUUAUAAGUCUUCCAGUUAAAAAAAACAAAAACACAUGCAGGCGUGAGUGAAUAUUUAAUCUGUCUCAUCCAUUAUCACCCUACAGCAAUGUACUCGAUAACAAAGAGCACAACUGAAUGUUGUAUUUCGACAGCUGAUAUAUUCAAGUCAGUGUGUCCAUGUAGCCGUAAUUAUGUCAUAUUGUAGCCGUAAUUAUGUCAUAUUAACUGUCUGUCAUUUUUCAAGCAUGUACGGCCUUUCAGUUUACUCUUGUUUUCGAGAUCAUAUCCGAAACGUACGCUUGUAAUUAUCGGUAACCAGCAGAAAAUAUAUUAUUUCAGAGAUGCAAAAACUUAACAAAUGUGUAUUUAUUUUUAGUGAGCAAUCCUCAGACUGUACAAUAGAAAAUGCAACAUUAUAAAAGGACUUGACAUUUAAUCGUGCAAUUCUAUUUGCUUGAUUACAAUCAUUUUGCAAAUGUCACAUGUGAGCGUGUGUCAUUACCUGCAGAGUCUGUGCAGUAAAUGAGCUUUCAGAUGAUGGUGUGCCUUUGGACGCAGAAAUGUCGAAAUGUAUUAUGUGUCGUUUGUAUAUUUCACAUGUCACUACAUCUUGCUCGACAAGUUAGAGUAUUGUUAUUAAUAACUGUCGUGCAUGCACAAUGUAGGCUCCACCUGAAGUUCUCCCAUUAGACUACCAUCAGUAUUAGCAAUUCAUUAGCACUGUUAUUAAUGUUAUAUGCGAGUAACAUGAGGAACAGUUACAUGGGAACUUCAAUAUGAUAUAACACACUGUCAUAAAUAUUAAGGUCAUUUGGAGCACUCAGGCCAUGCUCUAUAGAUGUUUAAUCUAAUAUCUAUAAGCAUAUGGGGUGGUUGGGGAGAAAGGAGUCAUAUAUACAUUUAACAGCAAGUGGCCAAUGUCAUCAGUGUUUAGGUUUAGAACCUAAACGUCCAUGGUGUUGCUAAAAUAUAUUUGUUUUAAUAAUCCUCUCUAUUUUCAUACAGAAAGUGUGUGUGUAUGUAUUUCUUCUUGUGUAAGCCACUGUUGCUGUGUGUAGAUGAAUUAUUCUGUGUCAACAUGUAUCAUGGGUAAAACUGGGGCUUGGGGUUUUGCAUAUUAUUGUAUUUGGUACUAUAUCAUAAAAAUCAUUAUAUUUCAAAAUGCAUAUAUGUAUCUUCCGAAAGAAAGCAUUGAUAUUUAAAAUAAAAAACAUUAUUUUUUAGAGUAUUUUAACGAAGGAAAGUGUUUAUUAUAUAGGCACAUAUUCAAAGCAACUGGUUUUAAACACAGUGUUGGGAGAGUGCUUUCUUUGUACAUUUCAACAAAAUAUGAAUUAAUAAACUGUUUGCAUGGAC